AUUCUCUCCGAUAUACUCUCUAGUUACACAUAUCUUCACAACGGUCCUAGACUUCUAGAACCUUCCUUAACAUCUUUUCUUACGACAAAGGAGGCUGCUUUGACAUCGAUUCUCGCCAAGAGAUGGCGCAACCUUGUCGCGUUUGUCCCUUGUCUUACUAUCGAUGACUCUGUGUUCCUGCAUCCUGAAAAGGGUAAGCAGGUCAAGGAAGACGUUAAACAGAGCUUCAUGGACUUUGUGGAUAGAGUUUUGGCGUUGCAGGGUAACUCUCCCCUGAAGAAAUUCUCACUCAAGUGUGAUACUGUGGCGGACACAGAUCGACUGGAUGGUUGGAUUAGCAGUGUGUUAGCUCGUGGUCUUUCGGAUCUUGAUCUCAAGAUCAUUCUGCAUAAUCGAAAGAUCCCUGGGGAUCACUAUCAACUCUCUCCAAAAUGCUUUGAGUGCAGCACACUAGUUAGUCUGAGCAUAGACUCUUGGAUUGAUGUUACUUUGGCUGCUGCUCGAAUUUUCUUACCAAUGCUUAAAAAGCUGGUUCUUGUCUGGGUUAAGGUUUGUCCUGACGAGUUUGAGACUCUGCUUCAUGCUCUGCCUUCCCUUGAGGAACUAGUUCUGGCUCGUGUAAUUUGGAAAGGUACGGAUGUCACAGUGUCAAGUGCAAGCCUCAAGACCCUAACAAUAAUGUUUUGCUUUUGGUUAAACACUUUAUCAUUUGAUACACCAAGUCUUGUUCACUUUAAGUACUCUGGUUUAGUUGCACCGGACUAUCCAGUAGUCAAUAUGGGAAACUUGGUUGAUGCUCAAAUCGACUUAUUCUUAAGAGAUAAUGAUGAAGAUGCUCAUCGUUAUAGUAAGGUGUGGAAACUCUUUCAUGGCAUACGUAAUGUUCCGAAUCUUAGCUUGUUUACUGAUACUCUUGAGGUGCUUUCUGUGUGCUCUGAAUUGAUGCGAGUGUUCAACAACAUCAAAUCAUUAACUAUUAAGAGUGGCAAUGAUCUAGGAUGGCAAGCAACGCCAGCCAUUCUAAGGAACUGCCCACAUUUAGAAACUCUAGUCAUUAAGGGUAUCGUGCACCAUGUGACAGACAAGUGUGGGGAUAUUUGUGGCUGCAUUUCUCGGGAGGGCAAAGGACUUUCACUCAAACUUUGUCCAGUAAAAGUGAUGAAGAUUCAUGGGUUUCAAGGAACAAUGCAAGAGAUGGCAAUGAUUAAGCAUUUCUUAGAGUAUUUACCAUGUUUGAAGGAGAUGGAGGUCUAUGCUGAAGAGAAUAAUAAUCCUAUACAGCUAGGAACCAAACAUGUCUUGGAGAUGUUCGAACUCUACAACAAGUUAUCGAGUUGCAAUGUCCAACUCUUCAUAUGAAGUUGAUGAAGAACAAAACCAUCUCCUAGUUUUUGCCUGCAGUUUAAGUUGUGUCUAACUUACUUGAAAAAACUGUCUCAAACUGCACCAGUCUCAAGAGACUGUAGUUUCUUCUUCUUGCUUGUUUUAUGAAUCAUUUACUAUUGAUGACUUGUUUUCAUUUGAUUCUCUAACAGGCGUAUGCUUUGAGUUUGUUCUUGUUGUCGUCUGACUAUAUGUUAUUCUUUUUUGUUUUCGAGAA